CUUUCCCCUGCUGCUUCGUCUCCAUGGUUGCUGCUGCUUCUGUGCCUCCUGCCGCUGUCACUACGACAGUAGAGGUGGAAGCUGCUGGGCUUCCUCGGCUCUUGAAAUCCCAAUAAAUUCCCCCUUCCCCACAAUGUAAGGGCAAUGACAGCAGCUCUACCCAACGAAGCCUUGCAAUGGAGGAUGAUUUAUUCCAGCUAAGACAGCUGCCAGUAGUCAAGUUCUGCCGUACAGGAGAGAGCUCCAGGUCUGAGGAUGACACCCUCUCGGGAGAGCACGAGAUCCAGAUUGAAGGGGUUCGCCCAGCCCUAGAAGCGGUGGAACUGGAGGAUGGGACAGCAGUGCCGAAGGACUUCGCCAAACCCACCGAUGAUACUUUCAUGGUGGAAGAUGCGGUGGAAGCUAUUGGAUUUGGAAAGUUUCAGUGGAAGCUCUCCAUCCUCACUGGAUUAGCCUGGAUGGCGGAUGCGAUGGAAAUGAUGAUUCUAAGUAUCCUAGCCCCUCAGCUCCACUGUGAGUGGAGACUCCCCAGCUGGCAGGUCGCCUUGCUCACCUCGGUGGUGUUUGUGGGAAUGAUGUCAAGUUCGACUCUUUGGGGAAACAUUUCUGACCAGUAUGGGAGAAAAACAGGGUUAAAAAUCAGCGUGUUCUGGACUCUGUACUAUGGGAUUCUCAGCGCCUUCGCCCCGGUAUAUAGCUGGAUCCUGGUGCUCAGAGGCCUGGUGGGAUUUGGGAUAGGAGGAGUCCCUCAGUCGGUCACCUUGUAUGCCGAAUUCCUCCCAAUGAAAGCCAGAGGCAAAUGCAUUUUGCUGAUAGAGGUUUUCUGGGCGAUCGGCACGGUGUUCGAAGUCCUCCUGGCUGUGUUUGUGAUGCCCAGCCUGGGAUGGCGAUGGCUGCUCCUUCUCUCCGCUGCCCCGCUGCUCUUGUUCGCCAUCCUCUGUUUCUGGCUGCCGGAGAGCGCGAGAUACGAUGUCCUGUCUGGAAACCAAGAGAAGGCCAUGGCCACCCUCCAGAGAAUCGCGACGGAGAACGGCGCGCCGAUGCCUCUGGGAAAGUUGGUCAUUUCCAGGCAGGAAGACCGAGGCAAAAUCAGGGACCUAUUUACACCCCAGUUUAGAUGGACAACUUUGUUGCUGUGGUUUAUAUGGUUUUCCAAUGCGUUUUCUUACUAUGGGUUGGUUUUGUUAACCACGGAGCUCUUUCAAGCUGGAGAUAUCUGCAGCAUUUCCAGCCGAAAGAAGGAAGAGAAGGCCAAGUGCAGCUUGGCUUGUGAGUAUCUGACCGAGAAGGACUACACAGACCUGCUCUGGACCACUCUAUCUGAGUUUCCUGGUGUCCUUGUGACUUUAUGGAUUAUUGAUCGACUAGGCCGCAAGAAGACAAUGGCCCUUUCCUUUUUCAUCUUCUCCUUUUGUAGUCUCCUGUUGUUUAUCUGUGUCGGAAGGAAUGUUCUCACUGUAUUACUCUUCGUAGCCAGAGCUUUUAUUUCCGGAGGAUUUCAAGCUGCUUACGUCUACACCCCUGAGGUUUAUCCGACAGCCACGCGGGCCCUGGGCUUAGGCACCUGUAGUGGAAUGGCCAGAGUCGGGGCGCUCAUCACCCCCUUUAUCGCUCAGGUGAUGCUGGAAUCGUCCGUCUAUCUGACCCUGGUGGUCUACAGCGGCUGCUGCCUGCUGGCCGCCGUGGCUUCCUGCUUCCUGCCUAUCGAGACCAAAGGCCGAGGCUUACAGGAGUCCAGCCACCGGGAGUGGGGUCAGGAGAUGGUUGGAAGGGGCUGCCAAAAUGUAGGCCUCACCAGAUCAAACUCUGGGUCGCAGGAGUAACGGACGGUGCGGGGGUGGACUGUCGGGAAGACCAGAGAGGGAGGAGCUGCGUAAAAAAACAACAAAAAAAACCCCCCAGCAACAACAAAAAAAACCCAAACAAGCUGACCGGGCCCCACCACUGCCAAAUGUCGUGUGUCAAAGUGCAGGAGCUAUUGAUUGGACCUAAAGGGAUUCACGUCUUUCCUCUCAUUUGCUCAUUUUCAUGCAGAGUCCCCGGGGCUCGGUGCUGGGCUUCCGGUUUGCCAUCGGCCCCGUUUGCUGACUGGGCCAGUCGAGGCUGAUAGUCGACUAGCUGCUGGUGCUCCUGCUCAGGAUGGGACCAAGUCUGGAUGUUUAAUGGCAAGGGGGAAGGCUUAUGAGCCAGAGAGAGCCCAGCCCAGCACAGUCACCAGGAUGCAGGAGGGUCUUCGGAUGAUAAAGCCUCCUCUGUGCUCUACUGAAUCAUCAACCACCACCGUCCAGCUGACCGGCAGCAGUUGCUGGGAAUUUGCUCCUUAAUUCCCCCAGGGUGGGGAGGUGGUUUCUGUGACAUUCUGUCUCUUAGAAAAGGCCCAGUGCGUCUUGAGUGACAGAAGAAUACUUGGGCAGGAAGUAUCAUCUAGACCAUAUAAACUAGCGAUAGAGAGGUACCCUCUAAAAACUAGGUGCAGGGAGGUACCCUUUAAAUGAGGAAAGAACCACCUAAAAACUAGGGGCAAGGAGGCAUCAACUUGAAACUAAGGGGUAGGGAGGUGCCAUCUAAAAACUAGGGGCAGGGAAGUACCAUCUAAAGGAGGGAAAUGGAGUUUCUCUCUAAACUAGGGACAGGAACUACUAUACAAACUAGGAACAGGGGGUCUUGCCUUGUUUUAUGCCAUCGAAUUUCUCCAACCAUAGUGACGCCAUGGACACAUCUGUCCCAGAACGCCCCGCUUCCACCUGCAAUCAUUCUUGUAACCUAUCCAGAGUUUUCUUGGUAAAAAUAACGAAGCGGUUUACUGUCGCCUCCUUCCUCACGGUCGACUCGAGCCUCCCCCGCCCCCCACCCCCCCGAUUCUCUCCCGGGCCACUGCCACCCAGCACGGGUGAGUUUUGACUUGCGGCAGAUGGCCAGUCACUCGCUAGCCACGGCCCAAGCUAAGAAUGGAAUGGAUAGGCCUCGGGAGCGGGGGGUGCCAUCUAAAUUAGGGCCACGAAGGUGCCAUCUAAAAACUAGGGGCAGGGAAGUACCAUCUAAACCAGGGAAAUGGUGAUAUCCUCUAAAUUAGGGCCAGGAGAUGCCAUAUAAACAAGGAGCAGGGUGUGUGUGUCGGGGGGUACCAUCUAAAUUAGGGCCAGGAAGGUGCCAGCCAAGGGAGGGAAAUGGAGAUACCAUCUAAACCAAGAGCAGAGGGUGCCGUUGGAAUUAGAGUCAGGAGAUACUAGACCGGAGGAAGAGCACUACCCUCUAAACUAGAGACGGUCCACUUUGCACGGUUUCCAGGGCCGGGGAGGGCGGGUGGGAUGGAAGGUACUUCUGUUUUCGUUCAAACGUCAGCAGAUCCGCCUCUGCCUCUUGGGGGAGAUGAGUAUUUCCCGAAGUACGACGAUCACGUCUGGGGCAUUAUGUGUUGUGCGUGCUGCAUGGGCCCAGGUGGAUUUGGGCUCCAUUCGGUUAGGCCUGUACUCGUCCAGGGUUGCCACGGUAUCGGCCGUCCCGUACGAUUCACGAUAUUUAUUGAGUACUUGGGAGGAAGCGGACAUGAUCCCUGCCUUCAAGGAGCUUACAAUCUACAAGGGCCCGGGGCACCGUACUAAGCACCUGGGGGAGCCCCAGUAACAUUAGUAGACGGGGCUCUCUGCCCUUAAGGAGUUUACAAUCUACUGCGUGCAGAGCACUGUACUAAGCACCUGGGAGAGGACGUACAGGUGGUAGACACGAUCCCUGCUCUCAAGGAGCUUACCGUCUAACGGGGAACAACUGUCAGCAGCGCAGGGGUGGAAAUGUUUUUGGCAGGAGGCAGGAGUCCCAACAGAUCUCCCUCGGGGCAGGAGUAGCCGAUCCAGGGACCAAGAGGCAUCCUCUCACCCCUCUGCCUCUGUGAGGGCCCAGGAGGGCACUGACCCUCUGAUUCCUCUGGGCCCCGUAGACCCUCCCGUGAGGUGGUUCCAGGCCCCCGUGGCCCUUUUGCCACGGAGAGAUUGGAAGCUCGUGUGGGCGGGGAACAUGUCCAUUAAUUCUUUCGUAUCGUUCCCUUCCAUUGCUAAGUACAGUACGCUGCACACGGUAAACGCUCAAUAAAUACCAUCGACUGACUGAGAUGCUAGGAGGACCCUCAUGUGGGGGAACCCACUCCCUCAUCCCUUGGCGUUUCAUCGGCCACGGGAGUUGAGAAUCCAGACGUCAAGGAGCAGAAGGAAACAUACGACUGAAAUGAAAGGACCCUCCAGUCUAUGGUUUUUUGGAAUGCUACUACUGGACCCACUGUCCCUUAGGUCGAAGAGGAACUCUCGGCUUAUCUCCAGUAACCCCCUCCUCUGGGAUGUCACAGGGACGGAUGGCAGGGCCAACCACGCCACGUGGGGCAAUAUCAGGACCACUUACUGGGCUAACUGGUUCAGGGCCAGGCCCCUCGGCCACAGAAUGGGCCCACUUGCAAAGGAACAUGGAGGACACCAAUAGAAUGUCUCUCAGUUGAUGGGAAUGGGGGGACGGGGAGGGGGCCGACUGUAGCCCCGCAUCAGCUCCGUGUUGUUGUAGUGUGAUACCCCAGCUAUCUGUUCAUCCCAAUGCAUCUUCCCGGGUUGAGGGAAAUACUACCAGAGGAGGGAGGAAGCUCUCAGUUCUCAUAGAAGGCCAAAGAAGCUUGUGAAUUCUGCCCGGAGCUGUCUGUGCUGAGUAAAUAUUGCGAGAACCUUAAUGUGCUUGUCCAUCUGGUAUUGAAACGUGUUGAUAAAAGACAGUGACGAGUCUUA